AUGGACCCACACAAUGGAACAGGGGCCGUGGAAUUCCUCCUCCUGGGACUCUCUGAUGAUCCACAAGUCCAGCCUCUCCUCUUCUGCCUCUUCCUGUCCAUUUACCUGGUCACCAUCACGGGGAACCUGCUCAUCAUCCUGGCCGUCAGCUCGGACCCCCACCUGCACACGCCCAUGUACUUUUUCCUCUCUGCCCUGUCCACAGCUGACAUUGGCCUUACCUCUACCACGGUGCCAAAGGUGAUUUGGGACAUCCACACUCAGAGCAAAAUCCUCUCUUAUGCUGGUUGCCUGGUGCAGUUUUCACUUUUAUAUAUUUUUUCUUGUUUGGACAGUGCCGUUCUAGCUGUGAUGGCAUAUGACCGUUUUGUAGCUAUUUGUCACCCCCUGCACUACCCUGUCAUCAUGAAUCCCCGCCUCUGUAAACUUCUUUUGGCGUCUGUUUUUAUCAGUAUUUUGGACUCCCAGAUGCACUGUCUGAUGAUAUCACUGCUAACCUUUUGUGCUCAUGUGGAAAUCCCUCAUUUCUUCUGUGACCCUCCUCAGCUGCUGAGGCUUGCCUGUGGGGACACCUCCACUGACAGUCUGCUGAUGUAUGCUUUUGGUGCUAUCUUUGGUGGUGUUCCAAUCUCAGGGAUUCUUUACUCUUAUACAAGAAUUGUGUCAUCAGUUUCAAGAGUCUCAUCCAUGGGUGGGAAGUACAAAGCCUUCUCCAUCUGUGGCUCUCACUUGGCCAUUGUUUGCUUAUAUUAUGGAACAGGUGUUGGUGUGUAUCUCAGCUCAGCUGUUUCCCAUUCUACCAGAAAUGAUGCACUGAUAUCAGUAGUAUAUUCCAUGGUGGUCCCUAUGCUGAACCCCUUCAUCUACAGCCUGAGAAACAAGGAACUCCAGAGAGCCUUCCAGAAAUUUCUCAGUAGAACAACUUAG